AUGCCAGGUUUCGAUAAUGCUAAACAAUUUCCACAAUCAAUAGAAGACAUUGAUUACUCCGAUAUCGAAGAGAAAUAUCAAGUUCCGUUUGAGGAAGGAUUUGAUACAAUUAUUGUAGUGGACAAUGCGCCAAUUGUCGACGAGAGUAAAAAAGAAAAAUUGUUGAAAUUUAUCAAAAAGAUUUUCAAGAAUGUUGGUAAUAUCAAGGAGGAAGGAAUCUGUAUGCCAAUGGAUCCUGAUCCUAAGACUGGAACUCCGACUUCAAAAGGGUGUCUAUUCAUUGAAUUCGAAACUCCUGAACAAGCAUUGAUGGCCAUAAAACAGUAUGAUGGUUAUCCAAUGGAUAAAACUCAUCUUCUUGCAGUGAACCGAUUCACAGAUAUUGAGAAAUAUUCUCAGGUUGAAGAAGAGUAUAAGGAGCCGGAGGAAGAAAAAUUUGUAGAAAAAGAACAUUUGAGAAGUUGGCUUACUGAUCCUCAAGCUCGUGAUCAGUUUGUACUUUAUCGUGGUGAUGAUGUGUUCAUAUUUUGGAACAAAAAGACAGAACCACCCGAAGAAGCCCAUAAAAGAAAUAAUUGGACGGAGACAUAUGUUCAAUGGUCGCCCCUAGGUACUUAUCUUGCGACAUUUCAUCGUCAAGGCAUCGCAUUGUGGGGUGGGCCAAGUUGGAACAAGAUAAUUCGAUUCGUACACUCAGGCGUCAAGCUUAUAGAUUUUUCACCUAAUGAAAUAUAUCUUGUUACAUGGAGUAAUGAACCGAUUGCUCUUGGACCUAAUGGAGGAGCGGGCACGCCUUUUGGUCCUGAUGAUGAAGGACGUCAAAUUAUUAUUUGGGAUGUUCAUGGUGGUAACCUCCUUCGAUCAUUUCCAUCAUCAUCACUGUCCCCUGACGGGACUCCUAAUAAAAUUACAUGGCCAAUGUUUAAGUGGUCGCCAGCUGAUAAGUACUUUGCCAGAGUAACUCAAGGACAACAAGGACAGCAAGGGCAACAAAUACUUUCGGUUUAUGAGACGCCUGGUAUGGGGUUAGUGGGCAAUAAAAGUAUCAAAAUUGAAGGUUUAGUUGAUUUUGAAUGGGCUCCUGCCUCUGAUAAAGAAAAGGAAAAGGAUAAACAUUCGGGAGAUAAGAAGCAAAGAGAUGAACUCCUUAGUUAUUGGACACCAGAAAUUGGAAAUCAGCCUGCUCGUGUGACUUUAUUGAACAUUCCAUCAAAAGAAAUUGUACGAACAAGGAAUUUAGUUAACGUUACAGAUUGCAAAAUGCAUUGGCAAUCGAACGGUGACUUUUUAUGUGUAAAAGUUGAUCGCCAUACAAAGACAAAAAAAUCGACAUUCUCUAAUCUCGAAAUCUUUAGGGUUCGUGAAAAAGAUAUUCCCGUUGAAGUUAUCGAAGUGAAAGAUGUAGUAAUCGCUUUCGCCUGGGAGCCCAGGGGUGAACGUUUUGCAAUUAUUACAACAAGUGACCCCAAUUAUGGUCAACCAAGUCAAGGUGGCUCACCCCUGAAAACAAGUGUAUCAUUUUAUUAUCUUGAAAAGCCGAAGUCUGGCAAAGCAUUAAACGAAUUUGACAUCAAUUAUCUAGAAACUCUUGAAAAAAAAACAUCAAAUGCCAUUUAUUGGUCACCACAAGGCCGGCAUGUGAUCCUAGCUACUUUGCGUUCUGCUACAAUAUUUGACUUAGAAUUUUGGGAUUUAGAUUUUGAAACAACUCUUGAACAGAAAGAAUCCACAAAAGCUGAUCCAGCUUCAUGUUUACAACUAAUGAGCACGCAAGAACAUUAUGGUGUCACUGACGUUGAAUGGGAUCCUACCGGGCGUUAUGUUAUCACCAGCUCUAGUUUCUGGAGGCAUAGUAUAGAUAAUGGGUAUAUUUUAUGGGAUUUCAAGGGCACGCAAUUACAAAAACAUUUAAUGGAUAAAUUCAAACAAUUGUUAUGGAGACCUCGACCAAAGAGUUUAUUAACGAGUGAACAAAAGAAAACAAUCAAAAAAAAUCUACGUGAGUAUUCUAAGAUAUUUGAUGAAGAAGAUUACGCUGAAAUAUCGACGUUGUCUAAGGAGCAGAUUGCUCAUCGACGUCGCCUUAUGGAGGAAUGGAAUGCAUGGCGUAAAAAGGUAGAAAAAGAUUUGUUAGAAGAAAGGGAAAGUGCUGGUAUUGUGCCAAUUUCCAAGAGGGAAGAUGAUUCCAUAGAGGUUAUUGAAGAAUGGAUUGAAGAAGUGGUGGAAGAGAUCGAAGAGAUCAUUGCUGAUUAA